AUGUCACUUUCGUUACCUAGACUACUAGCUUCGAUCCCAUCCACUUCAAAACCAAUCUUGUUGAAACCGUCAAAAUGGCCUAGUAACUCUUUCUACUUGGUCACGAGACAAGAUCUACAAUUCACAUCUUCUGCUUCCUCAUCUCCUUCCACAACAACAGCGACACCGGUGGACGGUUCAUCUUCUACGUCAAUUGGUGAACAGGACAUUAGACAAGAGAGAUUGAAGGUUAAAGGAAGAGUGUGGGGACUGAAAUUCUGGCAAGGUCGACCGUACACACGUCAAUCACCAAAAAUUUCAGAUCCGAAAAUACCUCAAUCAACCUCUCAACAAUGGGUGACAGUCGAUUAUUCGUCAUUACCUUCUGAAAUCCAAGCUAGUGUGAAAGAAGGCAAGAAACUAGUUGAACAGAGGAGGAAAGAGAGAAAGGAGGUAUUGAAACGUUCAUAA